AUGAAGGCAUUAGUUGUAAUUGCUAAUGGAAGUGAAGAAUUAGAAGCUUUUCUUUCUGAAUGUAAUGAACAAUAUGAUGUUAUUGCUAUUCCAGGUGGGUUACCAGGUGCUGAUAAUUUAGCUGGUUCUCAGUUACUUAUUCAAAAGAUAAAAGAACAACUUGCGGCUAAUAGAUUUGUUGCUGCUAUUUGUGCGUCACCAGCUAUUGUUUUAGAAGGAAAUGGAAUAAUUCAAGGAAGAAAGUGUACUGCCUAUCCAUCAUUUCAACCAAAACUUGCUAACCAAUCAGCAGUUCAUCAACGUGUGGUUGUUGAUAAUCAUUUAAUUACAAGUCAAGCACCAGGCUCAGCCAUUGAAUUUUCUUUAGAAAUUAUUAGACAAUUAAAAGGUGAAGAAGCUAUGAGAGAAGUAGAAAAGCCAUUAGUAUUAAGUUUCAAAUAUUGA